GCCUCGGAUUCCGUUAUUUACAUGGCCGUCCUCUCCGCCUAUGACGACACCCCUGAGAAGCCACCAAUGGGAGCCUAGCGUUGCCGGAGCCUUCAUUUGCAUAUGAGCACUAUAAGUAGCGGGGGCCGGCUCAGCAGUCUUCGUUGUUCGUUUCUCGCAGUUGCUCCUUCUCUUCUUUUCAGCCCUUUCUCUGUUGCCGAUAUGCCUGAGCCGGCCAAGUCUGCCCCUGCCCCGAAAAAGGGCUCCAAGAAAGCCGUGACCAAGGCCCAGAAGAAGGACGGCAAGAAGCGCAAGCGCAGCCGCAAGGAGAGCUACUCCAUCUACGUCUACAAGGUGCUGAAGCAGGUCCACCCCGACACCGGCAUCUCCUCCAAGGCCAUGGGCAUCAUGAACUCCUUCGUCAAUGACAUCUUCGAGCGCAUCGCCAGCGAGGCUUCCCGUUUGGCGCACUACAACAAGCGCUCCACCAUCACUUCCCGGGAGAUCCAGACGGCCGUGCGCCUGCUGCUGCCCGGGGAGCUGGCCAAACACGCCGUGUCCGAGGGCACCAAGGCCGUCACCAAGUACACCAGCUCUAAAUAUCUAUGCUGAAAGGGAGAAGAGCAAGUUUGAAGCCAGGAGAAUGGAAUAACUCCUCAGAGCAUGUAAUAGAAGGCCAGUCAGGAAGAAUAAAAGUAUUGCCUGCAACAUUUGCGUACAGUGGUGGCUAGAUUGCCUCAAUUUGUAGCGAAUCCAUUUGGCAUUUUUUCAUGAGUUUCUCAGUAUUUUGAAGCAGGUGAGGAAUGUUGGGAGCAGAUAGGGCUCGAAGAAGGGAAACAGAAUUGAGGUUAGGUAAGAGUACAAAGUAUUUUCUGUACAAUGAGGAGAGUACAAGGUAGCAAGAGAUUCAGUGGUAGCUUGAACUGUGCAACUGUAAUGUGGAAGAAGAACAAGAAUGAUGGAACUGGAAGGAGAAUAAACAGCUUAGAAGACAAUGUUGUAAAGCAAACCAGGUAGUGUUAUGUAGUAAAACAGAAAUCAAUGAUUCCUAUGAGACAGCAAGAAAGAAUAAAGCAAAAUAAAAAUAACAUCAAAGAAACUAAUGGGAAAAACAUAAAGGAAGGAGGCAUAGCAGUACUGGAUCUUAAACUAUAUUAUAAGGUGGUAAUUAUCUAAACCAGUUCCUACUAAGAUAUAGAAAGGUAGAUCAGUUGAACAGAGUAGACAUACAAUCUACAGUAGCAACCAAAAAUUGCUGGGUGCUUGACUAGUGUAAAGACAGGUUUUGGGGAUAAGAAUCCAUUAUUUGGUAAAAAUUGAGAAAGCUGAAAAACAGGCUGAAAUUGGGCAUAGACCAAUAUCUUGCACCAUUUACCAAGAUAAGGUCAAAAUGGAUACGUGAUCUAGAUAUAAUGGGAGAUAUUACAAGAACAUUUGAAGAACAUGGAAUAUAUAACCUAUCAGACUUAUAGACAGCUGAACAAUUUAUGAACAAGAGAUAGAGUGUGUUGUUAGACAUAAAAUGGAUAAGUUUGAUUAAAUUAAAAAGGUUUCAUACAAAUAAAACAAAUGUAGCCAAGAUCUAAAAGAAAGCAGAAAAUUGGGGAAAAAAUUUUAUAGACAUUUCCUCAGAUAAAGAUCCCAUAUCUCAAACAUGCAAAGAACUGUAUCAAAUCUAUAAGAAUGUGAGUUAUUCCCCAAUUGAUAAAUGGUCAAAGGAUAUAAACAGGUAGUUUU